CCCGUUCUUAAUGAUAUACCCUUCAUUGCAUAACAAGAUAAGAGACAAACCAGUUAUGACUCCAUUAAUGAAUGCCUCGCACCACCAGUCGACCAUUAUUUCGACAACCCAUUUUUCCUGUGUUCUCUCUGAAGUCUGAACCCAAAAUUUACAGCCCAUCUGGAAAAGAUUCUCACUUUGCUUGGAAAUUCACCUAAAAAUCUGAUUUUAUUUCUGGGUUUUGGAAAAUGGGAGCAACAGAAACUGAGGAAGGACGAUCCUUGGCUGAAACGCCGUCGUGGGCUGUCGCCACCGUCAUCACCGUCUUGGUUACGGUCGGUUUUUCCAUUCACGGAGGUUUGAAGAAGUGUGGAAAGUGGCUGGAUAGAACUAAAAGGAAGCAUCUUCUUGCGGCGCUCGACAAGAUCAAGGAAGGUAAUGGAAAUGAUUUUCUUGAGGUAAUGGUAUUUGGGCUUCUGUCGUUGCUGAUGGGUCAUUGGAUUAUCUUUGUGUCUAAAAUUUGUGUCAAGUCUUCCGCAUUGAGUAGCCGAUUCUACCCGUGUGCUCCUCAUAGUUUUCCACAACAUGAAGUUAUUAUUAAGGAUCAUGCUGUUGUUCCGAAGCCUCUUCAUUUGAACCUCUCUCUUUCUCGAUUAUUGUUGUUGGAGGACGUUCAUCGAGAUUCUUGUCCCAAGUAUCAUGAACCUUUUGCUUCAUAUGAGAGCCUUGAGCAGCUCCAUAGGUUCUUGUUUGUUCUGGGCACUACGCAUAUCUGCUAUAGUUUCUUUGCUGUUGCAUUAGCCAUGAUCAAGAUCUAUAGCUGGAGGACUUGGGAAGAUCUCGCCAAGACAUUGGCUUUUAGGGGCUUGCUAAUGGUGGAUACGCCAGCUGAGUCUGAAAACAAUGGGACAGAUGGCGUGCGAAUGAGGCGGCUCGCGAGUUUUUUAUUUCAUCACACUUCUCAUCCAUGGAGUCAACAUAGGCUUCUUAUUUGGCUGCUUUGUUUCAGCCGCCAGUUCUGGAGUUCAAUUAGCCAAGCCGACUACAUGGCUCUCAGACUAGGCUUCAUUACUCUUUUGCAGACUCAUCAAUUGCCUUUCACUUAUGAUUUUCAUAACUACAUGCUUCGGAGUAUGGAGGAAGAGUUUCGGGAUAUUGUUGGGAUUAGCAUCCCACUGUGGAUUUUUGCUAUUACCUGCAUUGUUCUGGGUUUUCAUGAUGGCCAACUUUUUCUUGUUUACUACUACAUAAAGCUCAAGAUGGGUUCAAGGUAUAAGAAAGCCAUAGUAUCGGAAAACGUGAGGAAAUCGCUCCAUGGAUGGCGGAGAAAGGUAAGAAGGAGCCGAGAAGAUGGUGGUGGGCCAGCUUUUACAAUGCUGAAUGUGCCAUCAUCGUCAUCAUCUCCUCGCGUGAUGAAUGGUGAUCAUGAAAAGAACUAA